AUGGCAACUGAGGGCCUCAAGUCGAAACCCCCGGAACGAAUGCGUUCCUCGAUUCAUAACUCUCAGAGUAGCGACAAAGGAAAAUCAAGGGAUGGGCGAGAUAUAUUAUUACAUGAAGUUAGAGGCCGUCCAAUCACGCCGCCAAUAAGGCCUUCAACAGAUCCACUCGACUUCUUGCCGCAUGAACUCUGGACACACAUCAUCACUCUGGCCAUAUUAAAUGAAGAAUCAGCAUUUGACGAGAUCACACCUCACUUGGUCAUGGUUAUGAUGCUUGUAUCGAGGAGAUGGGAGGCUUUCCUUAUUCAGACGCCGAUGUUCUGGACCAAUAUUCAUAUACGAGACGACCUGGACGACUUACACGCAGCUAUCGCUACUU